UGUGUUGAUCACGUGAUUUGUGUGACAGGGAGCAGCAUGGCUGACAUGCAUGUGCAACCUCAAAACAAACUCCAGCAUUUCUUCAGUUAGCUGAAUAUUCAAUACACCGAUAUCGUGCGAGAGGCCGGGCCACCCGGCGCCCGAUUACACCGCAAGAUGGACGAGGAGAAUAAGCUUCAAUUUCCGUCCCUACCUGCGUCUAAGGAGGAUUUACUUGAUUGGGCGUAUCCGAUGAGACGUGAAAUGCAGGAAAUCUUACCAAGCCUGUUUUUAGGUCCUUAUUCUGCUGCCAUGAAGAGCAAGUUGUCCACUCUUGAACGACAGGGCAUAACUCACGUAGUGUGUGUCCGUCAAGAUAUUGAGGCCAAUUUUAUUAAGCCCAACUUCCAGCAUACCUUUAGAUACCUUGUCUUAGAUAUUGCAGACAAUCCUGUGGAAAACAUUAUAAGAUUUUUCCCUAUGACUAAAGAUUUUAUUGAUGGCUGUUUAGCUUCUGGAGGAAAGGUACUUGUUCAUGGAAAUGCAGGGAUAUCAAGAAGUGCUGCCUUAGUCAUUGCCUACCUUAUGGAGACUUUCGGGGUCAAAUACAGAGAUGCUUUCAGCCACGUUCAGGAGAGGAGAUUUUGCAUCAAUCCUAACGUUGGGUUUGUGCAUCAGUUACAGGAAUAUGAAGCGAUCUACCUGGCUAAGCUGACCAUCAAGAUGAUGUCACCGAUACAGCGCGGCAGGUCUUUUCCCCUGCAGGCUGGUAUGCCAGGGAGCAGGAAGAGAACACUAGAGGAGGAUGAGGACUUUGGAGUUAUGCAGGUCACUGCUGCACACAAUGGAUAAGCUUUCCAGACUAGCUGUGUGGCGCAGUGCACUCAUUUUUUUUUUUUUUUUUUUUUACAUUUGGGAUUCCAAAAAAUGUAAAUAUUUGAACUUUUCUAGUG